AUGCCUCUCCAUCUGUUGGGUAAAAAGUCGUGGAAUGUCUACAACAAAGAUAACAUCGAGAAAGUCCGACGUGAUGAAGCUAUCGCGAAAGCCAAAGAGGAGGCGGAGGAGCAGCAGAUGCAAGAAUUAGAUGCGGAGCGUCGCAUGCAAAUAUUACGAGGAGAAACACCUACACCAUUACCAAUAGAGGACAAACCAGAAGAUGAUGAUGGUCCGCGAGAGAGACGUUCGCAUGGUUCUGGGGAAGAACGCAAGAGGAGGCCCAGGAAGAAGAAUGGAGAAAAUGAUACUGAUUUCGAGAUGCGUAUUGCAGCUCAAGAUUCCCAGUUUUCAAACCAAGACCGUCAAAUUGUUUUACAAAAAUCUACAGAUGCGCCAUUAGUUGAUCACGACGGACAUAUUGAUUUAUUUCCACAAGAACAUCCACACAAACCUCGAGUAGAGAAGAAUACGGAGGCUGCGAAGGAAACAGAGAAGAAGAAGAAAGAAUACGAGGACCAGUAUACAAUGCGGUUUUCGAACGCGGCAGGGUUUAAACAAGGUCUCGAUGGUCCGUGGUACUCGAAGUUAACGACAGAGGUGAAAGCUAUUGAUGAUGAUAACCCGGGUAAGGAUGCAUGGGGAAAUGAAGAUCCGAGGCGAAAGGAAAGGGAUGUGGCAAGGAUUGUGUCAAAUGAUCCAUUAGCUGCCAUGAGGCAGGGUGCUGCUCAAGUACGACAGGUAAAGAAGGAAAGAGAACAAUGGAUGAAGGAGAAAGAAAGAGAAGUGAGGGAGCUGGAUGCAGAGGAGCGAAGAAACAAAAGGAAACGAAGACAUGAUGACGACGUGGGACAUGAUGAUCUGGAAGGGUUCCGUUUAGAUAGACCUGAAAAGAGGUCACGAAGCUCUCAUCAUGAGGCUGAUAGACAUCGACAUCGUCGGAGGUCAGAAAGAGAUGAGAGUGAUCGAUAUCGACACAAACAUCAUCAUCGACAUCAUCAUAGAGAUUGA